AUGUCAGAGACAAUUAGCAUUAAAUUGUUAGUGGUUGGAGAUGGAUCAGUUGGAAAAACAUGUAUAUUGUUAAGGUAAUCAAAAAAUACUCAUAGGAAUCAGCUAUACAACCGAUAAAUUCCCUACUGAGUAUGUCCCAACUGUUUUUGAUAAUUACCAAACAAAAGUAAAAGUAGACGAAAGGGAAGUUGAUUUAAGUUUAUGGUAUGAGGUUUUUGUAAUCUUAGGGACACCGCUGGACAAGAGGGUUAUAAUAAUGUAAGAUAGUUAAGCUACGAUAAUACAGAUGUUUUCCUAAUAGUUUAUUCUGUUGUGGAGAGCAAUUCAUUUUCGAAUGCAUUACAUAAAGUAUUCUUCAUGCUAUUCUUUAGUGGCAUCCAGAAUUGAACAAAGAUAAAUUUGAGUAGAUACCAAAAAUUUUUGUAGGCAAUAAAAUUGAUAUGAGAAAUGAAGGAAAUUCAAAUCAUGUAAAAAAAACAGCAGUAUUAAUGAUUAUAAUAAUCUUAGGCUGAAUAAUUAGUAAAAAAUCUAAACUGCGAUUUAUUUGAAGUCUCAGCAUUAACCCAAGAAGGUCUUAGACCGCUAUUUGAUACAGCUAUUUAAAUUGCACUAAAAAAGAAACUAAAAGCUAUUAAUGAUGCUUAAAAGCCGAGUCAACCAGCCAAUGAUUCAUAAUGUUGCCAAUUAAUUUGA